GCCAUGCUCGCCCUGGAGGCUGCACAGCUCGACGGGCCACACUUCAGCUGUCUGUACCCAGAGGGAAUCUUCUACGACUUGGACAGCUGUAAGCACCCCAGCUACCCUGACUCAGAGGGGGCUCCUGACUCCCUGUGGGGCUGGACCGAGGUCCCAGCUGUCCCUGCCACCUCCUAUGAAGCCUUCGACCCAGCUGUGGCCACCUUCGGCCAUCCCCAGGAUGUCCAGCUCUGUUAUGGACCCUCCUCAAACUACAGCCCUGUGGGGAGCCUCAACCCAGCCACCAGCGUGGAGACCCCAGGGCCUGGCUUCCCAUCGUACCCCACAGAGGACUUCACUAGCCAGACCCUGGGCCCCCCUGCGUACACCCCGUACCCCAGUCCCGUGCUGUCAGAAGAGGAGGAUCUCUUGCUGGACAGCCCCGCGCUGGAGGUCUCAGACAGCGAGUCGGAUGAGGCCCUCAUGGCUGGCCCCGAGGGAAGGGGAUCUGAGGCAGGGACCCGCAAGAAGCUGCGCCUGUACCAGUUCCUGCUGGGGCUGCUGACCCGCGGUGACAUGCGCGAGUGCGUGUGGUGGGUGGAGCCCGGCACCGGGGUCUUCCAGUUCUCCUCCAAGCACAAGGAGCUGCUGGCGCGUCGCUGGGGCCAGCAAAAGGGCAACCGCAAGCGCAUGACCUACCAGAAGCUGGCCCGCGCCCUGCGCAACUACGCCAAGACAGGCGAGAUCCGCAAGGUCAAGCGCAAGCUCACCUACCAGUUUGACAUUGCGCUGCUGCCGGCCACCCGCCGGGCCUGAGCCAGGGGGCCUCUCCGGGGCUCUCAGGGGCUCCACGUUGGCGUCACAUUGGUGUCCCUUCACCCUAGGUCAUAGGACCCGUGGAUCCCCCACGCUGUGGGGGUGGGGGAGCUGCCAUAAUCCCUAAGCCCUGCCCAGGGACCCUCUGGGAUUCCCAUGUCAAGGCCUGGGUCCCCAGGGAUCUUCAUGGCUUGGAUCACAGGAUCCAUAGACGACUGUACUAUAUGUCUGUGUGGAGUGGGGCGGGGUUUUGCUUCCAGAACCCUAAGCUUUUCUGGGAUCCCCUUGCGAUGUCUGAGAUCCCCCAGUACCCUCUGGGGAUGGGUGAGCACACAGAUUUUCACACCAGGAGGGGGCGCUGUCAGCAACCCUGAGCCCUAAGGUCUCUGUGAUCCCUGCUCCCGCGUGAAUCUCUCCUGUCAGCUCUGAGAUCUUCUAGUUAUGACUGAGGCCCUCUGGGAUCCCUUUAUUAUGUCUCAGAUCUCUGUGCCCAGCUGUGCGCCUUGUCCUCUCUGUCCCUCGGUCAUCUUUGGCGUUCCCUAAUUCUCUGGAACCGCCCUGCUACCGCUUCUUUUUGUACCUGGGAUUCUCCAAUCACAUCUGUGCCCCACUCCCCUGGAUUUCCACCUGAUAUGCCCCUUUGGGGACCCUAUCCGCAGUCCUGAGUUGUUAUGGGAACCCUCCCUCUCCUGGGGUAUCCUCCAUAGUCCCAGGCUGGGGAUCUUUCUGGCCACUCAGAUGAUUUCUGGGUGAUGUUGGCAGCAGCUCCCUCCCAUCAUUUCUAACCAGAAGUCUCAAACUGGUGACUCCCUCCUCCACACACUCCCUACCCCUCAUGGGGCAAAUCGCGUCCCUCCUGGGGGUGGGGGUGGGGUGGGGAGAGUUCUUUAGUUCAUGGUAGCAGUUUUGUUUGUUUUCGGAAGGGGAUCCAAAUUAACUGACCAGUCAAUAGAGGGAGAUUUUGCAAAAUCCUUCACCUUGCACAAUCCAGCGACCGGCUUUGCGGUAUGGAGAGAGGCUACGGCCCCACCAAUGGGCCUCUGUUCUCCAGUCUGUCCUGGACCCCAAGGCCCUUGGCUGUCCUAUGCGGGUGGCUUCUCUCAGUUGCCUUGGCCCCCAACCUUCUGCAUUUUGACCCCUGGUGUGAACCCAGCUGGAGGUGAAGCCUGGAUGGACUGUGGGAGCUUCGACUGCAAGCCCUCAGGGGUGUCAGAGUCUGUGGCUGAGCCCAGAGUCCAGGUCCUUGAGCCUGGGUGGCUGGGGGACCUAGGAUCAAAGACUUGCUGCUUCUGGGCCUCAGUUGUCCCUUCCGAGAAAGGGGAGAAGGGAGAAGAAGAGGAGGAAGACCCUUGUAGCCUUGUGGACAGGCCUUUGACACAUCUCCUGAAACCCACUGCAACACCCACUUCUCACCUGGAGGAGGACCAGGAAGGAGCAUCUCAGACCCUGAGAGGGAAGAGGCCCUCGCAGGGGCGCACAGUGGCGCAGCAGAGCCAGGCUGGGACCUGUCCGCAAUAGAACAGCGCCCCCUACCUUGGGGAGGGGGCCACCAUGGGAAGGGUAUGUGGGGGACAAAAUGUCCUCCCUAGGGCCUCCUCUUGCAAAUGAGGUACCAUUUGCAAAAGCUAUAAUCAUCCCAAGUGUGAAAUAAAAUAAAUAA